CUGGGCUGUCAGUAAGGCGAAGGUUUUAGUUGAGUGGCUGCAGUAUUGGCUGCUAUUAUGGAUCUAUGUCUUAAGGGCUCACAGAUAAACCUUGCCACACGACAAAAAACGACGAAGGUUAAGUACAACAGUCGCUCGUUGAGCACUUUGCAUAACUCGUCACCGCAUUUUCGUCCACGCUCUGCCAACUUUCUGCAGCAGCGCAGUCGCUCGUCGCCCUUUUUGGGUCGUCCACAGUCGGCAGAUCCCAAAUUUGGGCGCAAACUAAGCGCUUACUUUGCCGAAAAGGAGUUGCGACUAAGCAAACAGCGUCAGGUGUCUUCCACGGAUCUGCUAAAGACGCUGCUGGACGAGCCCAUUAAACGCAGCUGGCUCUGCCGCAGCGCCUGCAAUUCUUCCACCGACGAACAGUCGGACUUUAGCUCCAAGUCGCCACAUAGCGAGGCAGAGCAGCUGGAGCGCUUCCUAGUCAGCAUGCCUGUUAGCCAGGAGCAGCUUAAGUGCUGGCCACUGCCCAAGUCAGCCAAACCCGAUUUGCCAGGACGCGUGUCGUUUAGCAAGCCCAAUGCAGCGCAUGAUGUGGGCGACUCCAGUGACUGCGACAACGAUAAGCAGGAGCUGCGCACCAGCAGCAUCUCCGCACCUGGACCUAUUGCGCUGCCUAACUUUAGCUACAGCAACAACAACAACAACAAGCCCGAAACUGCUGAGUCUGCGCAGAAGAAAACUGUGCACUUUGGCUCACCAGCUGGCGCCAAGGACAGCGUUGAGGUGUUAGCUGAAACGUAUGAGUAUCCCAAGUGUCCUUCGGAGAACUGCACCUGCAGCACACGCUCCAGCUCCACGGCCAGCAGCAAUGAGCCCACUACAGAUGUUAAAUGCGCCUGCGAUGCGCCCAGCUGUCGCUUUGCUGAAACGCAGAGCUUGCCGCAAGUGCCGCUGCCACCAAAAGUUGCCACGCCCGAACUGAAUGUCAUCAGAGAAUACAAGCAAGUGGUCUGCAAGCCACUGGAGCCGCUGAACAACAUAGAGCUGCCCACUUAUCUAGACAAAUAUGCAGCCAAGGAUAAGCAAAAUAAUUUAUCCGAAGCGCCCAGUUUGAAUUCGAAUCAAAGCAAUGCGCUUGUGGCGCCACCACGUGCGGCAAGUCAACGCAACUUUGGUGCAGAGAACAAUUUCUUGCCUGUUAUGCCAGAUGAGCGGCGCCAGCACUUUGGCAAUGCCAGCUCCGAUUCAGUUAUUAGCAACUACCUAAAAGUUGCAGCCACAGCUCCAUUAGUAACCAAGAAAAAGGAAAAUGUCAAGCCAGCCAGCGCGGACUUAAGCAGAAACGUUAAUAACAAAACAAAGUUUGCAAUCAAAAGCUUGUCCCAUAGCUUAAAGUUAAAAAAAGCAGUCAGCGUAGGUAAUCUGCGUGAGGAGCGCAAGCUGAGUGAAUAUAAUCUGGAUAAGGUGGACAGCUGGAUGAGCAUGCAUGAGCAGAAGCAGGCGCUGGCGCAGUUCGAAGAGCUGCACAAGCAGGGCUUGGAUGAGCUAGAGGAGGCGCAGGACAAUGACAGCGCCUCGCAGUUGUCGCUGAAAUCGAAUGAAGAUUCCAGAGGUUCUACCUACGAUGAGAUUGUGUCUGUUAUAAAGGAAAUUGAAGAGGAUAAGAAGCGAGAUAACUAUGCUGGUCGCUUGCCCAGUGAGCUGAAUCUUAAGCUAGACUCUCGCACAGCCUCGGUGGAGACUGUAAGUCAGAAUAAUGGCAGCGUAGUGCCCGAAAGCGGUGACAAGUACAAAGAUAUAUUGGCGUAUUUGAAUAAUGUGGAAAGCAGCUGUGACAAGACAUUAAUGGAGACGCGACGCUCCAUGCCGGACAGUCAUCGCUCUGAGGUUGAGUUUGUCGUAGAGCCCGACGUAACCGACGAAGUGCCCAAACUGUCCGAGCUGUUGAUGCUGCCCAAUCAUCAGUUGGCACGACGCGUUAUAGCCUUGAGUCUGCGUGCAAAUGAGCUGGCCAAUGCCAUACAUCUGUCCAAGGAGCACGUGCUGCAGUUGCGCACGGAGAAGCAAAAGUCGCUGCGCGCUGAGAAGUCCAACAAUGCCAGCAAGCUCAGCGAGCAGAAGAAACACUACGAGGAGGUGGUGACGCGUCAUCAAGGCUUCAUUGAGCAGCUGCUGAAGGACAAGGGUACGCUGUGUGAAAAGGUCGCUGCGCUUACACGCCGCUUAGAGAGUCAAAACACAGCCUGGGAGCAUCGCUUGGAGACGGAGCUGGCACGUGCUAAGGAGACAACUAUGGCUGGUGAGAAGAUACGACGCGAGCGCUGGGUGCGUGAGAAUACCAAGAAAAUUAAGGAGCUGACAGUCAAGGGACUGGAGGCGGAGAUUAAUAAAAUGAACUGCGAUCAUCAGCGCGAGAUUACGGAGCUGAAGCGCACGCAUCAAAUGCAGUUGCUGGAUGCUUUGGAGGAAGCGCGUCUAAAGCAUGAGCAGAUCGAGGCCAGCAUACGUGAGAGCUGUGCGCAGGAUCGUGAGUCUAUAAUAGAAAAGGAGCGUCAUGCCAUACGAGAGAGACUAGAGCGACAGCUGCAGGAGGAGCAACAAGCGCAGACACAGCAAAAGCAAAAGCUAUGCGAAGACUUUGCUGCAGAGCGUGAACGUCUGCAGGCAGAGCUGCGGCAGAAGGAGAGCGACUCUCAAAGCAAGCGGCAGGAGCUGCUGCGUGAGCAGGAGAAUGAACUGGAGCAGGCCAAGUUUGAAAUGCAAGAGAAACUGGCCAAGCAGGAGGAGAAGUAUCAGAAUCGCAUUAACAGCAUAGAGCAGCAAUACUUGGCCGACUUUGAGCUAUGGAAAACAGAGUAUGAGAACAAAUGCAAGCAGGCGCAGGCGGAGAAGGAGAAUGCCAUACGUCAGCAUUAUAGAGUGGAGCGCGAUCGUCAGCUGGAUGAGCUGGUGGUGCGCAUGGAGGCGGAUGCGCUGCAGAUUGCACAGGAGCAUGAACAAAAGUUGCUCCGCCUUAAGGAAAAGUAUGAAAAGGACUUGAAUGUGGCCGAGAGCGUGGAGAAGUCGCUGCGUGAAAAGUACGCGGAAACGCGUGGCAAGCUCGCCGAGGCGGACGCUCAAGUGCGCAAUGGCCAGGCUGAGGUGCAGCAGAUGCAGCUGGAGCUGAGCCACAGCAAGAAAAUGUGCGGCGACAUUAUCAAUGAGCGCGACAAGCUGCGCGAUAAUCUCAAUGCCGACAUACAGAGCGAGUUGGCCGUCAUCAACGAGCGUCACAAGCAGGAAAUGGAAGAGCUGCAAAAGCGCGUGCAUCAAACCAUACACCGCCAGGAGGAGACUAUCGAAGUGCUCAAGGGCGACAAUGAUAAUCUGCGACAGCAGUGCCUUAAACUGAAUGCAGUCAUACGCCAGCAGCGCAAGGAUUACUGCGUCAAGUAAGGAUAUAAACCAAACCAAACCGAUACUGGUGAGAACGCAAUAAGCUUGAGUUUAGUUUAGAACUAUAAUUUUUAUAAUA